AUGGAUGGUGAAAGAACCAAUGAUCAUACCGUGGUAGGGGAAGAUGCGACAACUGAAUUUUCGACGAUCCCAUUAAUGAUGGAGUUCAGAGAACCUGAAACUGUGAAUCCUGUAACCGUGAACCAAGAACCGGUCGAAAUGGCACCGGAACCGCAGCAGGAGCCGAUCGCGGAGUUGACAGUGCCACCAGCGGUGAAUACGGCUGUCACCACAGUUACCGCCAUUCGGCUGGGUUCGGGAGCGGAUGAUACUCCGACCACGACGGAAAGUGCAGACGUCGAAGACGAGAACACGGACAGGCGAGCCCGUCGCACUCGAAGUCGUGGCCGACGGAGCCGACGCAGCCGACGUGGCCGACGCAGCCGGAGCCGAAGCCGUCGUAGUCGUCGCAGCCGGAGCAGAAGCGACGACGGAGACUUCUACGUGCAAAUCGCCGACGAUGAGAUCUCCGCCGAGCUGGCGGCUGGUAGCAGUCGCGGCGGUGGCCAGAAGACAGCCCGUGGAGGUCGAAGGGCUAAGAAGCUAGCAAUCACAGGUCGCCGUGGUGGAAAGGCCACCCAUGAGAGUCGCGUCAGUGGGAAAGCUAGCCGUGGCACUCGAGGUGGCCGGAAGUCAGCCAGGGGCAGUCGUAGAGGCCGAAAAACUACCGAAUGUGUGACUGCCCGGACGAUGUGGUACGAACGCUUGCGUCCGCUUAGCCUUAAUCGGAACAAGAAAUAG